CAAUUUUUUAAGAUUAUAAAAAACCUAACUAAUAUCAACGUCUAAGACAGUAAUCAAUAACAGUUUAAAAGGUCAAAAAUUCAUGCUAAUAACUCACAAAUAGCUGAUACUUUGCAUUGAAAGGUCGCUUAAUUAAGCUGUUAUUAAGCUUCGUCUGCUUUCAUUACGCUGCUGUAACUUUUGACUUCACCUUCUAAAAAUAUAUCCAAUAUUAUUAACAAACGCCUUAUAAGUCACUAACUUACUGUUUUAAAAAAAGAAAUGGAUUGGGAUGUGGACGAACUGCUAGCUGAACCAACAACAGAAGUCGAGCAAGAUUACUCUUCCCUCUGCACACAAUGGUUAAAUGAGCGCAUGGCUCCUGAAUUGCUUCCUUUCGCGGAAGAUGUAGUUACAAGGGUUACAGAAAGACUUCGUGCUCAACUAGAGACUUUACAAAGUUCCAUUGGAACUGCCAAUGCCACUGGCUAUCGUAGCGUGCUAAUUCAAAUUGAGCUUGAACGAAUUAAAUUUGUUUUAAGAUCUUAUUUACGGACAAGACUGAGCAAAAUUGAUGACUAUGGUCAGUAUAUUCAGGCGAAUCCAAGUGUCCUCCUAAAUUUAUCAUCAACUGAACGACAGUACCUUUUACGGCAUCAACAACUCUUACAUAGGCACUAUAUGACCUCUUUUCUUCGUGAACUUCCUAUGAAGAUGAAUAAGCUGGACGACACAAUUGGAAGGACCAGUAUGGUAGCAGCGCCUGACAUGGAUAGUCCCGUUUUCUGUAUGGUUAAUGAAACUAUUGAAGAAAAUCUUCGGGUGGCAGAAAAUGAGUAUGUGACUCUGGACCGCGGCGAUAUUUUGCUUUUGAAGUAUUCGGCUAUCGCAAAUUAUGUUCGUGCAGGAGCUGUUUCCCUUAUUUAACUUUUUUUUUCUUCUGUAUUCUAUAGACUUUAAAAACAAUAUUAAUUCCUUAAAGUAUAAAUACAACAAUGCUCUUAU